AAAAAAAUAAGGAAAUAAUCAUCCCUUUACAGACGGUUAAAGAGAGAUCUGCACUUGUGGAAACUAAAUUGCUCGCAUAAAGACAUUAAACUAGGGUCGGAGAGUCCCAGAGCGAGAGAGAGAGAGAAAAAGUGCAGACCAAGAUGUUCUUCCACAUAGUUUUGGAGCGAAACAUGCAAUUACACCCACGUUUCUUUGGUCGCAACCUCCGUGAGAAUCUCGUCUCUAAGCUCAUGAAAGAUGUCGAAGGCACUUGCAGUGGUCGACAUGGGUUCGUAGUGGCGAUAACGGGGAUAGAAAGCGUAGGGAAAGGGUUGAUCCGAGACGGGACUGCCUUCGUUACCUUUCCUGUUAAAUACCAGUGUGUUGUCUUCAGGCCUUUCAAGGGAGAGAUUCUGGAAGCUGUUGUGACUUUGGUGAAUAAGAUGGGUUUCUUCGCUGAAGCUGGACCUGUUCAGAUCUUUGUGUCCAAGCAUUUGAUUCCAGAUGAUAUGGAGUUUCAGGCUGGAGACAUGCCUAAUUACACGACAUCUGAUGGAUCGGUUAAGAUCCAGAAAGAAUGUGAAGUGAGACUAAAGAUUAUUGGAACUAGAGUCGAUGCCACUGAAAUCUUUUGUGUUGGUACCAUCAAAGACGAUUUUUUGGGAGUCAUCAACGACCCUGCAGCCGCUGCAUGAGCAAAAGUUUCUGGCCUAGUUCGGUUUUGGUCCGGAAGAUGGCAUGUGAUAAAAGAUGUAUCAUAGACCAUUUACAAGUUGAUGUCUAUGGAUAUUUUUGUUCGGAAUAAUGUUUAAUUUCAUUCGAGUUUAGUGGGUUUUGUUCCUCUCUAUUUUGUAAGAAUGUAUCCUAUUAUUCUUAAGCAGAAUUAAUCGCGAACAAACAAUCGAGUUAAGAAUC